AGACGCCUUGUCAAAGAUGUUCACCAUCAUCAAAACAAGAUUGUUUUAGCUAGGUAGCGCGUCAGAUCAAUUUACGACUGCACAUAAAUGUAAACCAUUUCGGUAAGAUUUAUAUUAUCUUGGUCGUGGUACUAAAAGUGAGUUGAUUUAUAGUUUAUACUUACUGUACACGGUCUUUUGCUGUGUAGUAUCUCGAAAUCGCCAUUUUAACUUGGUUGUGCGGCCGGUGUCAGGUAGGUAACGUUAGCUAGCUAGCUCAGCUGGAACUGAAGUUAGCUAACAGCUGGGUAGGUCACUAUUUCAGACGUUGACCUAGCUAAUACUACGAGUUUUCAACAUAGCAUGCUAACUGUCUAACAAGUUUAGUUACCGUACGUGAUUCGUAGUUCAUUGUAGCUAGCCUGUUUCAAAUGACAAAGUAAGCUAGCUAGCCGGGAAGCUAGCUAACUAGGCUAGUUGGCUAAGCCAUUCAGCUAAUCAACACUACUGGCUAGCUACAAGACUUUUCAAACUGGACAAAACGUUGGAUUUGGUCGGGUUUAAGUCGGGAUCAGCGGGUUCGCUGACCCCACAGAAGAAGAUGAAAAAGAGGAAGGAGCUCAAUGCAUUGAUCGGACUUGGGGACAGUAAAAGGAAGAAACCCAAGAAGGGGUCCGGCCACAGGCUCCUACGAACCGAACCCCCAGACUCAGAAUCCGAAUCAAGUUCAGAUUAUGAGGAAUUCAGCAACCUUGGUACUGUCGCUGCUUUCGGAAAAAUAAGUUACGUGCAGUGUUGCAAUGUCUGCUAUCCCUUGAUCCUGUUCAUCAUACUGGCUGCCUGUGUUAUGGCUUGUGCCGGACUGCUAUGGAUGCAGAUUGCUCUGAAAGAAGACCUUGAUUCCCUCAAAGAAAAGCUGCAUACUUUGGAAUCCAGCCAGAAAGUGUCAUCACAUGAAUUACCAAAACUAAGUGAAGAUCUGAAGACAAAACAGAGAAAGCUGGAGGAUAUUGAAAGUGGAGACAAGGGUCUGAACAAACUCUGGUCCAACCUUACCGAGAUUAACAGAAAGAUCAGUUUGCUGGACUCUGCAGUGAACCAUCUAAAGGCCAACAUCAAAUCAGCCUCAGACUUAAUCAACCUUCCAACUACAGUUGAAGAGCUCCAAAAGAGUGUGGCUACAAUCGGCAGCACGUUAACCAGUGUGCAGCAUGAUGUCAAGACAAUGCAGACAGCCCUUGCGGACCAGAAUAAAGAAAUGGACGAUCUAAAGAUGACCAUGGCGUCUGAGGCUAAAGAAUCAAAUGCCAAAUCGACAGCUUCAGCUGAAAAGGAGACAAGCAACCGCUCAUCAACAUUAGCUCUAAACCAGUUACAGGAUGUAACUGACCUGAGCAAGGUUGUGAGCGAGGUUAACAAGACCCAGACACUGUACCACUCCUGGACCAGUGACCAGAUCCACAGUCUCCAGACCGCUGUGUCCAACCUCACUCAGAGGGUGUCUUUUAUAGAGCAGAGCUCUGCCCAUACAACACCACUCAGCGACCUUGUGGAGGUCGUUGAACCAGUGCCCGUCAGUGGAGAUGCAACAGUACCAGUAAAGGACCCGGUCACAGAGAGUGACACCAAUGCAGAUGGAAUUAAAGCAGCAGCUUCAGAAGCUACACAUGGUUCAAAGCCAACGAAACGUCCACGGUUUUUGACACCAAACCGCUCCAAGAGAGAGUCUGGAAGAGAAAACCUAAAGACUGUGUCAUUUCCUGGAGUCAGCUCUUUGAAAGAUCUCAAUGAGCUCUUUGAGCGCUCAGGGACCGACCCCGCCUCUCAGGGAAUGUCUUACCAAGUCCUGAGGAAACUCUUUGACACAGAAACAUCAGACCCCCGUAGCCUGGAACGCUAUGACAAAGAUGGGGACCAGAGGUUCUCACUGGGUGAACUGAAAGCUGCUGCAGGUCUGUGAGAAGAAGUGGCAGAGGCUGCAGAGCACAGUAUUGAACAGGGAGAGGAGAUCUCUGUUGUGUGUGUAUGUGGAGUGCCUCACAGUAAUGAUGGCUGCACUUUUAUUGAACAGAGUAUUUAAUAACAAGCUGAAUGUGGAACAGGGGCACUGGCAUGCCCCCCUACAGACCUAAGCUACCCAGAUCCAAGGUUUGAUGUUUCUUAUUAUUUGACAAAACAGUUUACAAUUUUUUUACAUUUAUGACCAGUGAAGUUGAUGUCAAAUGAAUAGUUGAAUAGGGACAUCAUGACUUAACCAAAAUAUAACUUAUCAGAAUGUAGUACUUACCACACAAACUUUCCCAUUUAGAUAAGUUCAGUUCGUCUUUGCUUAUUGCUUGUUUUGUUGAAUGUCUUGCGUUAUUUUCUGCAUUUUAAUUUUAAUGUAACACCGAGACUAAACGUAUCCUUAACCCAACCAUAAUUUGUAUUUUUAUUUUAGCAAUUUUCAAGUCUGCAAGAUUUGACGGGCUAUAAACACGCUCUUUUAACUAGUUGAGAAUGAAUCACCUUGAAAUAUUAACUCCUGUACAGUGGGGGGGAAAAAAGUAUUUAGUCAGCCACCAAUUGUGCAAGUUCUCCCACUUAAAAAGAU